AUGUGGAAUCCAAACGCCAUAGACAAUCGUCAAAUGGAGAAACGAGUUGUGGUCGGACGGGUUAGACCCACGUGGGCGAGGAACCUGCCAGAGACAAGAGAGGAUGAAGAUAAAACGGAACAGGAAGCUGGAGUGAUGCCUCACAGUGACCCACCAUCACCAUCAGAAACAUGGAACCAGUCUGGGAAACAGGAGGAUAAAUAUGAUGUCUUUGGAAAGGUGAUGUUGCUCGGUGACAGCGGCGUUGGAAAGACCUGUAUGCUCGUCCGCUUCCGGGAUGGAACUUUUCUCGCCGGCAAUUACAUUUCCACCGUUGGAAUCGAUUUCCGGAAUAAAGUAGUAACGGUGGACGGAAUCAAAGUUAAACUCCAGAUUUGGGACACGGCAGGUCAAGAGCGCUUCCGCAGCGUCACACACGCUUACUAUAGAGACGCACACGCUCUCCUUCUGUUAUAUGACGUCACAAAUAAAACCAGCUUCGACAACAUACGAGCCUGGCUCGGUGAGAUACGGGAGUACGCUCAGGACGACGUUGUCAUCAUGUUGCUUGGUAACAAAUCGGAUAGCGGGCUGGAGCGCGCGGUGAGGCGGGAGGAGGGUCAGCGUCUCGCGAGGGAAUAUCAAGUAGCGUUUAUGGAGACUUCCGCCAAAACGGGUCUCAAUGUAGAAGCGGCGUUCUCGCACGUGGCGCGAUCUCUUGUAGCUAAGGCGAACCCCGUAGACACGUCGCGGCUGGCGGUGCGCGCGCAGACUACACAAGAACAUCGCUCGACCUGUCCGCAAUGCACUUAA